GUCACCGUCCUGCCUCGGGAGAGUGGAGCGAGGAGUGAGGCCGAAUAGGGGCCGGAGCGAGACAGAAGAUGAAUCCAAGAUCCCGAGACAAUGGCCCCGACGGAAUGGAACCCGACGGCGUCAUCGAGAGCAACUGGAACGAGAUCGUGGAUAGUUUCGACGACAUGAAUUUGUCCGAGUCUCUGCUCCGCGGCAUCUACGCCUAUGGUUUCGAGAAGCCCUCUGCCAUCCAGCAGCGAGCCAUUCUUCCUUGUAUCAAGGGUUACGACGUGAUCGCCCAGGCCCAGUCUGGGACCGGAAAGACCGCGACCUUCGCCAUCUCCAUCCUGCAGCAGAUCGAACUGGACCUCAAGGCCACUCAGGCCCUCGUCCUGGCGCCCACCCGAGAGCUGGCCCAACAGAUCCAGAAAGUGGUGAUGGCCCUUGGUGACUACAUGGGGGCCUCCUGCCACGCCUGCAUCGGGGGCACCAAUGUGCGCGCCGAGGUCCAGAAGCUGCAGAUGGAAGCGCCGCACAUCAUCGUGGGGACACCCGGACGCGUCUUCGACAUGCUCAACCGCCGCUACCUGUCCCCCAAGUACAUCAAGAUGUUCGUGCUGGACGAGGCCGAUGAGAUGUUGAGCCGUGGCUUCAAGGACCAGAUCUACGACAUCUUCCAGAAGCUGAGCGGCAACACCCAGGUGGUGCUGCUGUCGGCCACCAUGCCCUCGGACGUGCUGGAGGUCACCAAGAAGUUCAUGCGGGACCCGAUCCGCAUCCUGGUGAAGAAGGAGGAGCUGACCCUGGAGGGUAUCCGCCAGUUCUACAUCAACGUGGAGCGUGAGGAGUGGAAGCUGGACACUCUUUGUGACCUGUACGAGACGCUCACCAUCACCCAGGCCGUCAUCUUCAUCAACACCCGCCGGAAGGUGGACUGGCUGACGGAGAAGAUGCACGCCCGGGACUUCACCGUCUCCGCCAUGCACGGCGACAUGGACCAAAAGGAGCGAGACGUGAUCAUGCGGGAGUUCCGCUCAGGCUCCAGUCGGGUGCUCAUCACCACCGACCUGCUGGCGAGAGGCAUCGACGUGCAGCAGGUGUCCCUGGUCAUCAACUACGACUUGCCCACCAACCGGGAGAACUACAUCCACAGAAUCGGCCGCGGGGGCCGCUUCGGCCGCAAAGGCGUCGCCAUCAACAUGGUGACGGAGGAGGACAAGCGGACCCUGCGCGACAUCGAGACCUUCUACAACACCUCCAUCGAGGAGAUGCCUCUCAACGUGGCCGACCUGAUCUGAGGCCCCGGCCUGCCCCCCGCCCGCCCGCCGAUGCCCGAGGGGCCGCGUGGCCCGAGAUCCACCAGGCUGGCAGCCGGGCGACAGCGGGAGGGAAGGAGGGAGGAAGACAAGGGGCCAGCGGAGGCGUGAAGGGAGGUGGGGACCUUUGUCAACUUUUUUUUUUUUUUUUUUUUGACUUUGAAUAAAAUGUCACUUUUUGAGGCAAAAAAGAAGGAAGCA